UGUUGAGAUUGCCCACAUUCUCAGUCGGUGUUAGUCUGCUAUUGGUGCUGCUACUGUGUAUAAAACGUCUAGUAAUAUAGUAAACCCAAGACAAAACGUUAAUGAUAAAUUAUUACGAUAUUAUCACGUGACAUUAUAUUUUGUGAUAAAACUAUACAUUACAACCAUAUUUAUUAUUGUGUAAUCUACGUCAGCAAAGAGCAAUGGAGAACGAAAAAUUCCAAUUUUCUAUAGAUCGCGGUGGCACAUUCACUGACAUAUAUGCUAGAUGUCCUGGAGGUAAAAUCCGAGUUAUGAAAUUACUCUCAGUCGAUCCAAAUAAUUACAAUGAUGCACCGACAGAAGGCAUUCGUAGAAUAUUAGAAGAGGAAACUGGUAUUAAAAUGGAUGGGGCGGUAGAUAUCUCUAAUAUAGAAUGGAUCAGAAUGGGAACGACAGUCGCCACUAAUGCGCUGUUGGAAAGAAAAGGCGCGAAAAUGGCGCUAUUAAUAAAUAAUGGGUUUGAGGAUCUUUUAUAUAUUGGUAAUCAAUCACGGCCAAAUAUUUUUGAUUUGGAGAUAGCGAUGCCAGAAGUUUUGUACAAAUAUGUAGUUGGGGUAAAAUGUAGAGUAAUCCCCGCUUUGCCAGGAAAAUGUCUUAUGGAGAAUCAAUCAUGGCGAAGGGUAAAAGGUUCUACCGGCGAAGAUCUAUUUGUUACUCAGGAACUUGAUGAGACACAAUUGAAAGAAGAUUUGAAAGAACUUCGUGAUUUAGAAAUCGAGAGUCUCGCUGUCGUUCUGGCUCAUAGCUACACUUAUGCGGAUCAUGAAAUCAGAAUCGGCGAAUUAGCCCGGGAAGCAGGUUUCUCGCAAGUUUCUCUUUCACACGAAGUUAUGCCGAUGGCUAGAAUAGUUCCUAGAGGUUUCACAGCGUGUGCAGAUGCUUAUCUAACACCGCACAUUAAAAAUUAUUUACAAGCUUUCUCCUCAGGAUUUAAAGAUAAUUUGAAGAAUGUAAACGUAUUGUUUAUGCAAAGCGAUGGCGGAUUAACACCUAUGGAUUCUUUUAAUGGGUCACGUGCUAUACUUUCUGGACCAGCUGGUGGUGUCGUGGGAUACGCAAUGACGACUUACGGAAAGGAGACUGAUUUACCAGUGAUCGGAUUCGACAUGGGUGGUACAUCGACCGAUGUAAGUCGAUACGGGGGAAGCUACGAGCAUGUUUAUGAAAGCACUACAGCCGGCAUUGCUAUACAAGCCCCACAGUUGGAUGUCAAUACAGUUGCGGCGGGAGGUGGAUCAAUGCUUUUCUUCAGAUCGGGUCUCUUCGCGGUUGGACCUGAGAGCGCAGGGGCUCAUCCUGGUCCCGCGUGUUACAAGAAGGGUGGUCCGUUGACUGUGACAGACGCGAAUCUUGUACUGGGUCGCUUGCUACCCGAAUAUUUUCCUAAGAUUUUUGGACCUCAAGAAAACGAACCGCUCGAUGUAUCUCGCACAUUGAGCAUGUUCACAGAACUUACAUAUGAGAUAAAUGAAUUCCUGAAAAAGGAUGAAGCAAUGUCGGUUGAUGAAGUAGCCAUGGGAUUCAUCAGGGUCGCGAAUGAGACUAUGUGCCGACCAAUUCGUGCUUUGACUCAGGCAAAAGGGCAUGAUACUUCCCGUCAUGUUCUGGCGUGUUUCGGCGGUGCCGGAGGACAGCAUGCUUGUGCAAUUGCUCGAUCAUUAGGCAUAAGCACUGUUUUUGUCCACAAAUAUGCCGGUAUAUUGUCAGCUUACGGAAUGGCAUUAGCAGACGUUGUUGAGGAGCUACAAGAGCCUAGCGCCGAAGCUUAUAAGCCCGAAAGUUUCGCACGCUUGGACGAGCGUUUGGAUGCGAUGGAAGUUAAAGUUAGAAGCAAACUCCGUGCGCAAGGAUUCGCUGAUUCUCAAAUAAAAACGGAAUCAUUUUUACACUUACGUUACGAUGGUACCGAUUGCGCUUUAAUGUGCACUUCUGUAAAUCAAAAUUUAGAAGAAAUCUCUACCAGACACGGAGAUUUUCUUACUCCUUUUCUAGAAAGAUAUCAAACAGAGUUUGGUUUCACAAUACCAGACCGCAAAAUUCUGGUAAAUGAUGUGAGAGUUCGAGGAACUGGUAAAACUGAAAUUCCGGAGGAUCCCUUAUUACCUCCUUCACAAACUUCUCCGAAAGCUGAAAAGACUACCAUGGUAUAUUUCGAAGACGGUUAUCAGGAAACCAGCGUUUAUCAAUUAAAUUCAUUAUCUCCUGGAAAUGUCUUACACGGUCCUGUCAUUAUCAUGGAUAGUUUGAGCACACUUUUAGUAGAGCCAGAUUGCACUGCGGAAAUUACUUGUCGCGGAGACGUAAAAAUCACAAUUGGAAAAGGUUUGCAAAGAAAAGUUACCACGGAUCUCGAUACGAUUCAACUCAGUAUCUUUUCACAUCGUUUCAUGAGCAUCGCCGAACAAAUGGGUCGAGUACUUCAAAGAACUUCGAUUUCUACUAAUAUUAAAGAACGAUUAGACUUCUCGUGUGCAAUUUUUGGUCCUGACGGCGGUCUUGUUUCAAAUGCGCCUCAUAUCCCGGUGCAUCUGGGCGCUAUGCAAGAAACCGUGCAAUAUCAGAUAACGGCAUUCAAAGGCAAAUUCUCACCGGGAGAUGUUAUUCUCUCUAAUCAUCCGUCAGCAGGUGGUUCUCAUCUCCCAGAUCUGACAGUCAUUACACCAGUAUUUUACAAAAAUGUGCCUACGCCGGUAUUCUUUGUGGCUAGUAGAGGUCAUCACGCUGACAUUGGUGGUAUCACACCGGGCUCGAUGCCACCGCAUUCAACGAGUCUGAAUCAAGAAGGUGCUGUUUUUAAAAGUUUUCUGCUAGUGCAUAAGGGAAUAUUUCAAGAAAAAGAAUUGACGGACGCUUUAAUGGCACCAGGCAAAAUACCGGGAAGUUCGGGAACGCGAAACCUUUCGAAUAAUAUUAGUGAUAUCAAAGCUCAAAUUGCAGCAAAUCAAAAAGGCUCACAGCUGGUAAACGAACUUAUCGACGUAUACAGCCUCGAAGUAGUUCAAGCGUACAUGGAUCAUAUCCAACAUAAUGCCGAAGUUGCUGUUCGAGAAAUGUUAAAGUCAAUAGGUACGAGAAUUAAGAUGCGAAGACAUAAAGAAACCGAUAUCAAUGCCAUUGAUUAUCUCGACGAUGGCAGUCCUAUCAAACUACAUGUAAAUCUCGAUCUAGAGAAAGGCGAGGCUGUUUUUGACUUUCGUGACACGGGUUAUGAAGUAUGGGGCAACUGCAACGCACCGCGUGCUAUAACUUUGUCUGCGAUAAUUUAUUGUUUGAGAUGUAUGGUCGGUCGAGACAUACCAUUAAAUCAGGGCUGUUUGAAACCGGUAAAGAUAAUUAUUCCUAAAGGAUCGUUGCUCGACCCUUCGGAGGGAGCCGCGGUGGUUGGCGGGAAUGUUCUAACGUCUCAACGUAUUGUUGAUGUAAUCUUAACAGCUUUCGAAAUUUGCGCGGCCUCACAGGGUUGUAUGAACAAUGUAACCCUUGGCACCGAAGACUGGGGUUACUACGAGACGGUUGCUGGUGGUAGUGGAGCAGGACCAACAUGGGAUGGCAGAAGUGGCGUUCAUACGCACAUGACCAAUACUAGAAUCACCGAUCCAGAAAUAUUGGAACUUCGCUAUCCGAUUAUACUUAAUCAGUUCUCGCUUCGAUUUGGAAGUGGUGGAAAUGGGACGCAUAUUGGUGGGGACGGUGUUGUGCGUGAAAUGAUAUUUAGAGCUCCAAUGACCUUAUCGGUAUUAACCGAACGGAGGGUGCACCAUCCACCUGGAUUUGAUAACGGCGAGGAAGGGGCAUGUGGUUUGAACAUUUUGAUGCGAGCUGAUGGCAGACAAAUCAACUUAGGUCCGAAAGCUGCCAUUCCAGUUUAUACAGGGGAUAGAUUCAUUAUGGAAACUCCAGGGGGUGGUGGUUACGGUCCCGUUGGCAAAAGAGAACAAGCAAAGAAAUCUUCAGUUCUAUCUUCGAAAGUUUACGACUCUCAGCGUUUAGCAACGAGAUUUUCAUCAAAAUACAAACGUUCAAGAUCUAACAAAAGUUUGCGUAAUUUCACAGAACGCGGAAGCGUUUUUGAGUAUCGUAUGGCUCAGGAAUCCGUUUAAUAAGAUUAAUAGAUACACUGCCAUAAACACAAUAAAUUAUGGUGUAAGAGACACAUUCCGGAAGAACGAAUGUGACUAAUAUUAAAUACGGAGAUGUACUAAUAAAUUCAAUAAACUUUCAUUGAAUAAAAUGCUCAUGAAUAUCAAAAUUAAUGCAAUAAUAUCAAUAUUUCAUAAUUAUCUCGUGGCAAAAUAAUUAUUAAGAGGUGUUGUUUAAUAUACAAUUAUGUUUUUAUGUUAUAUUAUACUUUUGAGGUAAUUAUGAAUGUUACUAUCUGUUUAUUAUACAUGUAAGCAUUUAUUUUUAAAUAAAGAUAUUCUUGAAUUCUA